AUGAGAUCGUUCAAGAGGAAUCACGCGCAGCUCUUGAAAGUCUCUUAUGCAAAGCCUUACAAGGUUAUAAGAUGUGAGGAGGAGAAAAACGUAAUGCUUAAACUGAAAAAGUUUGGUCACAGCGAUCAUCAGGAUCCUUCUUCUGAUGUGUGUGUUCUCGUUAACUCCUGCACGAGCCGGGACUAUACAGAGAAAAUCGUCGGUGUCUGCUUCGUUGGUCAAGACGUCACUAGUGAGAAAGCAAUAACAGAUAGAUUCAUCAGGUUGCAAGGAGACUACAAGACUAUAGUCCAGAGCUUAAACCCGUUGAUUCCACCGAUAUUCGCCUCGGAUGAGAAUGCUUGUUGUUCUGAGUGGAACGCAGCCAUGGAAAAGCUUACCGGAUGGUCAAAGCACGAGGUGAUUGGGAAAAUGCUACCCGGUGAAGUUUUUGGAGUUUUCUGUAAAGUGAAAAGCCAAGAUUCGCUCACAAAGUUCUUGAUCUCUCUGUACCAAGGAAUUGCUGGUUAUGAUGUUCCAGAGUGCUCACUGGUUGGGUUCUUUAACAAGGAAGGGAAGUACAUAGAGGCAUCCUUAACCGCGAACAAGAGUACAAACGCCGAAGAGAAAGUCAUCGGAUGUUUCUUCUUCUUGCAGAUUAUCAAUGAAGUUUCGGGUUUGAGCUGCCCAGAACUGAAAGAGAGCGCUCAAAGCCUUGAUGAAUUAACUUACAUAAGGCAAGAAAUCAAGAAUCCUCUCAACGGGGUCCGAUUUGCACAUAAACUUCUUGAAUCCUCUGAGAUUUCAGAGAGCCAAAGGCAGUUUCUUGAAACUAGCGAUGCUUGCGAGAAGCAGAUUGCGACAAUAAUCGAAGACACAGACUUGAAAAGCAUAGAAGAAGGCAAGUUGCAAUUGGAAACAGAGGAGUUUCGACUUGAAAGCAUCUUGGACACAAUCAUUAGCCAAGUGAUGAUUAUGUUGAGAGAGAGGAACUCACAACUCAGGGUUGAAGUCUCCGAGGAGCUAAAAGCUCUGCCUCUCUAUGGUGACAAAGUAAAGCUUCAGCUCAUUCUUGCUGAUCUUCUGCGCAACACUGUGAAUCAUGCCCCGUUUCCAGAUAGUUGGGUAGGAAUCAACAUCUCAACAGGCCACAAGCUUGCACGCGACAAAGAUCGCUAUAUCCAUCUACAGUUCAGGAUGAUACAUCCUGGAAAAGGACUUCCUUCAGAGAUGCUAAGUGACAUGUUUGAGACUCGAGAUGGAUGGUUGACGCCUGAUGGGUUAGGACUCAAACUUUCACGGAAACUGCUGGAGCAGAUGAAUGGCAGUGUGAGUUACAUCCGAGAAGAGGAACGUUGUUUCUUUCAAGUGGAUCUUCAAGUCAAGACAAGGUUAGGUGUUGAGACCAGCGUAACAGGGGCUGCUUCAAGCAUUAAGUAG